UAUAUAUAUAUAUGUAUAUAUAAUCUGAAUAUGUUAAAUUUGAUUAUAAUAGUUAUAUUGUAGAAUAUCUUUUUCAAAUUUUUCAUGUAUUUAUUCCAAUUUAUAAAACAGUCACUUCCAAAAUUUAUAAUAUCAUAUUUACAAUAAUCGCUCUGAAAAUAAAGCGAGUUUUAUAUACACAAUCAAACGAUCUAUCUUUUCAUUCCUUCAAUGUACUUUGCAGUGUGUUAACAUUAUUUUGUAUAAUAUAUUUUAAGUUUGUGCUAUUAUUAAGAAAAUUUUAAAUAUGUACAUAUAAUAUAUAUCUUGCGAUAAACGUAUUAAAUAGUUUCAGAAAUGAAUGAAGCAGAAUACAACGAAAAAACGUUUUUUAAUUGUCAUUACCAUUUCUUUUGAUAAUAUUCUAUGUAAAUAAGAAAUCGUACCGCGUUCGCGUAAAAAUGAGAUGAAGUUAAAUAAAAAGAAUGGAAGGCUGAUAUUGGCAAUCGUUAUUUUCCUUGUUUUCUACAGAUGGUUUAUUUCGAUUUAUGUUAAUUUAAAAAUGAUAUUAUUUCGAACAACAGUCUCACCUAACCUUUCAUAAAUCCAUACGUAAUGCAUGAAUAAAAAUACAUGUGUACGUAUCACAUUUACUAAACCGAUAUUUAUGCUUGAUAUUAUGUUAUAAUUAGCAAUAAUUAUCAAAAAUUAUUAUUUAUAUUCGUAGCGUAGAAAUAAUUUAAAAUGAUCUUUAGGAUAUAGGAGUUAUGUGUAUGGAAGUAAUCGUAUGAUAUAUUGUAUAUACAUAAACACAGAACAAUCUCAGCAACUAUAAAUAGAGAAAGAAAGAGAGAGAGAGAGAGAGUGAGAUAACACUCGUAUUUUAUCUCUUUAGGCACGCAUACAUUGUGUCCUCGUGCUUAUAUUAUAAAUAUUUCGACGUAAAAUAAAUCGUAUCCAACGACAUAUCCAACAGCGUAUAGAAAUAUGAAAUAAAAUUUUCAACGUAAUCUUAUCAGUCGAUUGUAACGUGAAACAAUUUAUCAAGGUGCGCCACGUUUCGAUAUUUACAAUGCGGUUUCGAAGACACAAAAAUAUUAUGUAAUGUUUGAUUUUAUAGAUCAUCGACAAUAGUAGCGAAUAUUCUAAGAGAAUAUAAGAUCGAGGGUGUAAUGAACUUUAAUUUCACAUCUUUUAUAUUAUAAAAAAAAAAGAAAAUAAUUUCAAGAUUUCAAUAAAUUGAAUUUUUCAUCGCAACAUGUUACGCAAAAGAAAGAAAAGAUACGGUAAUAGUGACUAAGCAAAAAUGGAAACAACUUUCAAUAUUUCGUACAAAUGUACGAUGACAACAUAGUUUUUUUUAAAUAAAACAUAUUCUCUAUUACGCCAUUCGUUUAUCUGAUAUGAGUGAGUCAUGACAGAUUGAAUAAUAAGCGUCUUUGAUUACCGGUAGUUACAAUUGAUUACGAAAAAGAAUAAUACAUAUAUAUAUAUACGUAUGAUAUACAUACAUAAAGGAACAAGUAAGAUUCCAAUAGAGAUGAUAUAUGUAUAUAUAUAAUAAUAGUUCAAAAAAAGUGACAAAAUUAAAAAAAAUUUAAUGCAGUUAUUGACUGUAAAUAUAUGACACGGAAAGCGUCCUCUAUUCUUUCUUUGAAGGAGUUAGGAAAAAGGAGAUAUAUAAUGGACAUAUGCCCUUUUUUAAUUAAUUGCGUGUUGUUGCGUGUGUGUGUAUAUAUAUAUAUAUAUAUAUUCGUAGCUGCAAAAGAAAGAGAGAAAGGAAUAGUCCGUCUCGAUUUUAUUACUCUCUCUCCCUCUCUCCUUUUUCUUUCCCUCUCUCUUCCUACCGCUGGUAGCUCACGUGCUGCGACCACGUGGUCGAAUACGACGCAUGCGCGACACGUGCUCGCGACCUAACCUCACUAACUUAAUGAUCAACGAUCAUUCAUGAUAGUGUUAAGCAAAUUGAAGUAGGUAAAGUAGCGUUAGAUCUAUCAGAAUUUUGUGAAAAUUUUUCAUUAGAAUAAUUAGUGUUUCUUUUCUUAUCAAACGGUUUUUAAGAUUUAUUAGGAGCUUACGUUACCAUGCGACUUCGAUCCAUAGAGAGGGGAUGGUAACGUCAUAAAUUUGAGCGUUCAGGGGUAGCAGCCUUUUCGAUUCCGAUUCGGCCCUAUUAAGAUACGAUCAACGAAUGCGAAUGCACGAGUCGAUUAUUUAAUGUACCGACAAUUUUAUACGACUUGUUAGUUUUUUUUUUUUUUUACGGAAACGAUAAUGAUAAAGUCGACGAUAAAAAGGAUACGAAAUAACGCGCGAAAAGUGUUCACGAUUUCCAAGGUUUAAAUAGUCUCUUGGUGUGUUACACACAGUGUUACUAUGGAAAACUUAGUUAUUCAUUCCUCGUCGUAACUCAUAGAGCGAGCGAGAACGAGAGCGGAUAAGAAAGAAUAGUGUAUUUGUAUGUGUGAGAGAGAGAGAGAGAGAGAAAGAGAGAGAGAGAGAGAGAGAGAGAGAGAGCAGGAGAGAGAGUAGAGAGAGGAGAGAGAGAGAGAGAAGGAAAGAGACAGAAAAAGAGAGUUAGUUCAGUGGUUAGUGCGGUAAUACCGCGGCACGACCGAAAAGGUCAGAAAAAGCCAUCGCGGCUUGAUAUUUGCAUUUUAAAGAUAUGAAUAUUGAAGAUUACGAGAGUUUGCCCACUACAUCGGUGGGUGUUAAUAUGACGGCCGGUGCUUUUGCUGGAAUCAUGGAACAUUGUAUAAUGUAUCCAGUUGACAGUGUCAAGCUUUCGAUACUUGUCAUGUGGGAAGAUUAAUAAAGACGAGAAUUUUUAGAAAACUUUUUAUUAUACCCAAAUAUUUAUCAUCAUUAUAAUUGUCUUUCAAUCGGAAAUGAUCGUAAUAAAGAUCAUGAUUGUACAUGUGUUUCUUUUUAACAUUUUCCUCCAUGUUUUCUUGGAACGUGAUUUUAAUGUUUCAACGUUAUCAUUAUUUAAAUAUGAUAAAAUGUUUGUAGAGAGUGCUUCAAACUCUGUCGUUAUAACUUUGUAUAUCGUAAAAAUAUAUUUUCAUAAAGAAAGAUAUUAGUAAAAUGUAUGCUUUGUGACUUGAAUUACUCUUAUAAUACCUAUUGUGUAUGAUAUUAUGUAAGACAAGAAUGCAGUCACUGAUACCAGGCCCAGGUGGGGGAGGAGGAGUAGGAAAUGUACUCCUUCGAAUGAUGCGUCAAGAGGGUUUGUUAAGGCCAUUUCGAGGCAUGGGAGCAAUGGUUGCCGGAGCUGGACCAGCACAUGCUUUAUAUUUUUCUUGCUAUGAAUUUUUGAAAGAUAAAUUUAUGAGCUCAAAGCCACACUCACAAUUUAAUCAUUUGGUCUAUGGUGCAGCUGGCUGUGUGUCAACGAUCCUUCAUGAUGGUGUUAUGAAUCCAGCAGAAGUGAUUAAACAACGGUUGCAAAUGUAUAAUUCUCCUUAUAGAAAUGUUAUCAGCUGCAUAAAACUUAUAUAUAAACGAGAAGGUGUAUAUGCGUUUUACAGAAGUUAUACAACUCAGCUUGCUAUGAAUGUGCCUUUCCAAAGCAUUCAUUUUAUUGCUUACGAAUUUGUACAAUCUAUGACAAAUCCAGAUCAUUCUUAUAGUCCGCAAGCACAUAUGAUUUCUGGUGCUUUGGCUGGAGCCAUAGCAGCUGGAUUGACGACACCAUUGGAUGUCUGCAAAACGUUAUUGAAUACACAACAGGAUGGUAUAAAAGCAAGAGGUAUGAUCGAUGCUGUUAAAAAAGUUUAUAGGUUGGGAGGUGUACGAGGAUUUUAUCGUGGGAUGAAUGCGCGUGUUCUUUAUCAAAUGCCAGCCACUGCUAUCUGUUGGACGUCAUACGAAUUUUUUAAGUAUAUAUUACGAAGCAAACAAGAAGAUGGACUUAGCAAAGAUAUGGAUGAAAAUUCUUUAAGUGGUAUAAAUCAAAAUCAACUUCCUACCUCCAGAAGUAGUACUUUCCAAGGAACAGGAUUAUACUUUCAAAAUAAUGCUCAUACAGGUGUAUUAAUAAAAGCAAGAAGUUAGGUAUGUUUUCAAAUGCAAAAACAACUGUUUAUAUUGAUAAACUGUUUAAAUAAGGCUAGAUGAGCCCAUUUUUAUAUAUUUCAAGAGUUUAUUAUUAGUAAAUAGUGUAUUAUGAAAUCACUUGUCAUCAAUGCAUUAUGUGUUUAUUAUUAUCAAUAAGGACUGAAAACUGACAUAUAAAAUAUUACUAAGUCAAAGUGGACAGGCUCUGCUAAAAGAUAAAUGAUAUUAGCGAUCUUUAUUAACUUGUAUUAACACAGACAAACAAAUUAUUCAUUAUUAUAUUAUAGCAAUUAUUAUUCACUUCUAAGUUGAAUAGAUUAAAAAUCAUAACAAAUGACUGUCCUCAAAGGUUACAUUAUUUUUUUAUCUAAAGUGGAAACUUGAUUUGGCAUUACACUUUUAAAUUACUUUGAACAAUGCAUAAAAACUUAAUAAUAUUACAUUUUAUAAUGAUAAAAUAUAUGAAAUGUCUCUAUAAAUAUUAUGUUUAUGGCUGCCAUACUAUUUGUAUAAAGGAUUAAAAAAAGAGUUUUAUUUCUUCUAUUAUUCUUCUACUGUUCAUAUGGAGUAUCAAUUCUGAAUUUUAUAUUCUUAUCCAUCGAAUAAGUUAAAUUUUUCCUCUUAUAAUAUUAUUAUAAUUUAUAUAUUUUGUAAUAUAUAUAAAUUUACCUCAUUAAUUUCAUUUGUUAUGUUUUGUUAUUUAUAAUUUAUUCAACGGCGAAUUGAUUCAAUUUAUCGUAGUGUUCGUUUUGGAAAAAAGUGUUGGCUGUUGUGUUAAAUUGAACCAUUUAGCUUAAAUUUCGUGAAAUAAGAAAUUAGAAGUAAAGUGCGUGUUUAGUAAAGAAAAAUCCCAUUUAUUAAUUUUUAGCAUAAAUGUUAGACUAUCGAGAAGCACAUACUCCACUUGAAUAGUUAAUUAAAGCAUACAUAUAAUGUAUAUGUAAGAUUGCAGCCUAUAUUGAAACAGUAAUAUAUAUAAACUUCAAUUUUAAGAAGAAAAGAAUGGAAUGCAUGGAAAGAAAUCAUGAAAAUACAUUGAUGCGUAUAAUGUUCAAAAUUUGGCAUAGAUAAGUAAAGUUAAGACGAUGUAACUUUACAUUACAAGUCUAGAGUUACAAGAAAGGUUUUCUUUUUUGGUAAAGGUAUUGUAAGAUAAUAUAAUACUUAAUUUUUAACCAGUGAUUAAAAAGAUUUUUUAAAGAGCAAAGCUGAUUGUAGUAAAAUUUGUAUUAGAAUGAACAUUUGACGGUCACAAUUAAAAGAUCUUGCAUUCAAAUUGUCAAUAAAACGCUUUGCUACAUGAAAAUAUAGACCAAGUAGGAACGUUGUAAAUUGGUUAUUUUAUAGGCGAGUGUAGAUAAGAUAACAUUAAGUAUGUACAGCAUAAAAGGACAGUAUAGGAGCAGCGGAAUUGUUAGUUGUAUAGCAUUAUAUAUGUUUCGUCUUGAUUAUCCAAGUACAAAUUAUAUGAAAUGCUCCUUAGUCAGUUGUAAUAUAAAUCAAACAGUAUAUGCAUAUAAAUCCUGAAAUAUACCGCAAUAUUGCUUCCUAUGGCUGUGAUUACUGGGUCAUUUGAUGUUGACUUUGAGAGGGAGUAAUAUCACGUGGAAACUCAUAUUUCACGCCAUACGUAUCUAUUAAUAUAGAGCACAGUACUAUUAUGCAUUGUUAUUGACCAGGUCAUUUGAUGUUGUCAAGAAAAUAUUGUCAAGUAGAGAGAAAUGAAAAUACCAUCUAGCAAUGCCGUGAUACAAAUAGAGCGCAGUAAAAAAUAUAGCAGUAUUUUUUUGUUGAUGCAUAUUUAUAGAAUAACAAGUUCUUAUUGUUUAUAUUUCAAAGUAAAAUUCAUACUUUACGUGACUGGGUUUGUAACGAGGCUCCGUUAGAAGGUAUAUAUACAUCUUCUGUUCAUUAGUAGUCAAAGUCAGUUAAAAGCAAGCUUUUAUAUCAUAUCAUUUUUUUUUGUAUUUCUUUAAGUGUUACUUAAGGAUUUUAUUUUACAGAAUAUCAUACAUGAAAAGAAAACUUGAUUUUUAAAAUUUAUUUUGUACGUGUAUCUAAAAUUAUUUGAGUGAUGCGUAUGUCAUGCACAUACGUGUAUGUGUGUAUAUACAUGAAAUAAAAUAUUUGAGCGAAUAAUGUAA